AUGGAGAAGCAGGUUCUGCCCACCUCCUCCUGCUCACUGGUCCUCCUGGAGGAGACCAAGAAGACCCCCCUCCUUCUGUCUAACGGUACCGGCUACCCCGCUGCAGCUUCUACCGGCAUCCCACUGGCAGCGAUGCCUGGUGGUGGCAUGGUGGGCGGGGCCUGUAAUGGACAGGACAAGAGAAUGGGCGUGGCCAACGGGGCGGGGCCAGGAUAUCAAGAGCGGGAGACAUGGACGAGGCAGAUGGACUUCAUCAUGUCCUGUGUGGGCUUCGCUGUUGGACUUGGGAAUGUGUGGAGGUUUCCCUACCUGUGUUACAAGAAUGGAGGAGGUGUGUUCCUGAUCCCGUACCUGCUGAUCGUGUUUGUCGGAGGAAUUCCCAUCUUCUUCCUGGAGAUCGCGCUGGGUCAGUUCAUGAAAGCAGGAAGCAUCAACGUGUGGAACAUCGCCCCGCUGUUCAAAGGCCUAGGUUAUGCCUCCAUGGUCAUUGUCUUCUUCUGCAACACCUACUACAUCAUGGUUCUGGCCUGGGGCUUCUACUACCUGAUCAAGUCGUUUAGCUCCACCCUCCCCUGGUCCACCUGUGAGAACGAAUGGAACACACCCAACUGCAUCGAGAUCUUCCACCACCAGGACUGUAAGAACGCCAGCCUGGCCAACGUCACCGUGGGCAGCAGCAACAUGACCUGCUCGGACCUGUCUGACGCCCGUUCGCCCAUCAUCGAGUUCUGGGAAAACAAAGUUCUGAACAUCUCGUCUGGUCUGGAUGAACCCGGGAGGAUGAACUGGGAGUUGAUGUUGUGUCUGGUGGCCGUUUGGGUUCUGGUUUACUUCUGCGUUUGGAAAGGAGUCAAAUCCACUGGGAAGAUUGUCUACUUCACUGCGACCUUUCCCUACGUGGUCCUCAUCAUCCUGCUGGUCCGCGGCGUCACCCUUCCUGGAGCGUACGACGGCAUCAUGUUCUACAUCAAACCGGACUGGUCCAAGCUGGAGGAGGCUCAGGUGUGGAUAGAUGCCGGAACGCAGAUCUUCUUCUCAUACGCCAUCGGGCUCGGAGCUCUGACUGCUUUGGGAAGCUACAAUCGCUUCAACAACGACUGCUACAAGGACGCCUUCGUCUUGGCCCUCAUUAACAGUGGGACCAGUUUCUUUGCUGGUUUCGUCGUCUUCUCCAUCCUGGGAUUCAUGGCGGCCGAGCAGGGAGUCGACAUCUCGCAGGUGGCAGAAUCAGGUCCAGGUCUGGCCUUCAUCGCGUAUCCGAAGGCGGUCAGCCUGAUGCCAGUGGCGCCGCUCUGGGCGGCGCUCUUCUUCUUCAUGCUGCUGCUGCUUGGACUCGACAGUCAGUUUGUGGGAGUGGAGGGCUUCGUUACCGGAAUCCUGGAUCUGUUUCCGGGGAAACAUUAUCAUCGCUACAAACGUGAGAUCGCCGUGGCGAUCUGCUGUUUGCUCUGCUUCAUUAUCGACCUCUCCAUGGUGACUCAGGGAGGAAUGUACGUCUUCCAGCUGUUCGACUAUUACUCCGCCAGCGGCAUGACGCUGCUGUGGCAGUCCUUCUGGGAGUGUAUAGUAGUGGCCUGGGUCUACGGUGCUGAUCGCUUCAUGGACGAUGUGGCUCGUAUGAUUGGUUACCGGCCGUUCCCGUGGAUGAAGUGGUGCUGGUCCUUCAUAACUCCAUGUGUCUGCUUGGGCAUCUUCCUGUUCCACUUGGUGAACUACAAACCUCUGACCUACAACAACGUGUACACGUACCCAUGGUGGGGGGAGGUGAUUGGAUGGUGCUUGGCUCUGUCCUCCAUGCUCUGCAUUCCCGUCAGCAUCCUUUACAAACUCUUCAGGGCUAAAGGAACCUUCAGAGAGCGCUGGGCCCACCUGACCAGCCCGGUGUGGGGGAACCACCACCUGGAGUACAUGGACCCUCACAUCCGGUCCCUGAACUCGCUCACCCCCGGUUCUGAGGACAACAAGGUCAUCAUCUUUGAGAGCGUCAUGUAGGCUGAAGUCAGCCCCCCCAAAAAAAACAAGAUGGCUGAUGCUGCUCCGACACAAUCCAUGUCCACCUACUACCUAGGCUGCAGCAAGCUGGACUCACCGAUCCGUUUCCUCUGGCGGGUCGCCCAAGAUCCAUCCUCCACAUCACCAUGGCAACCAAAGCUUAAAGCUUCUUUAGAACAGUCUUCAUCUCCUCCCCAGAACCAGCACUUCUGAACCCGUAACGGACUUUGGUUCUGCUGGCUGAAGGUGGAAACAAACACUUUUGAUUGUCUUCCUGCUGGAGAAGGGUGUCAGUGCAAUUACACGUUGGGGGGGGCGCACACACACACACACACACACACACACACACACACACACCACACACCACACACACACACACACACACUAACCUGCAGUGUUUAGUUUGUCUCUGAGACAGAGUUAUAGACCCAUCAAUGCCACUUGUAGAACCCAUCCCCAUCAGAACCACAACUCUGUGAUGCGUUGGAGCCUGAUGGAUCAGAAGUCCCUGAACACACCUUCAUGUCAGGAGGUCCAGCUGGACCUGGAGAAGAUCUCUGAGCAGCACAGUGGUUCUGUCUGACCUCUGAUCCACUUCAUUGGGUCAGAGGUCAAGCUGCGUUUUUGGGUCAAACAGUGCCAAACAGUCAUCCUGGUCUGAUCUCAGACCAGUGCUCCAGACUGCCAAAACCCACUUGAUCAUGUCUCUUUUUGCCGGUGCUUCGAUCCGCAGGCCAAACAUCCCGUCCUCCCAACCAGCAGCUCCAGGAUCAGCUCUGCAGCUGGUUCUGUCUUUGUUCUGAACCUGGGUUUGUGGAUCUCAUUCCUAAUAUCAGAUCAAAAAUAUCUUAGAUCAGAUCAGCUCAGAUGCAGGAAGUGGAACGCAGAUCCUUUUGUCUUCAGAAUAAAACAAAUAAGACGGCGGAGCUGAUCCGAUCUGGCGGUCUGACCCUGGAGCUGAUCCGAUCUGGCGGUCUGACCCUGGAGCUGAUCCGAUCUGGCGGUCUGACCCUGGAGCGGAUCUGAUCUGAGAACUGAUCCAAUCCGAGAGCCUGACCCCAGAGCUGAUCCGAUCUGGGAGUCUGACCCCAGAACUGAUCCGAUCUGACGGUCUGACCCUAGAGCUGAUCCGAUCUGACGGUCUGACCCUGGAGCGGAUCUGAUCUGGCGGUCUGACCCUGGAGCGGAUCUGAUCUGAGAACUGAUCCAAUCCGAGAGCCUGACCCCAGAGCUGAUCCGAUCUGGCGGUCUGACCCCAGAGCUGAUCCGAUCUGGGAGUCUGACCCCAGAACUGAUCCGAUCUGACGGUCUGACCCUAGAGCUGAUCCGAUCUGACGGUCUGACCCCAGAACUGAUCCGAUCUGACGGUCUGACCCUAGAGCUGAUCCGAUCUGAUGGUCUGACCCUAGAGCUGAUCCGAUCUGAUGGUCUGACCCCAGAGCUGAUCCGAUCUGACGGUCUGACCCUGGAGCUGAUAAAAUAUGGGGGUCUGGGUUGUGAUCCUGAGGGCUCUGGGCCACUCAGCGUUGCCUUACGUUGUUGUCUUAACUCUAAAACCCAAACAGCAGACCGGUCGGACCCGGAAAACUAAAGGAUGUCCAACACGUGGUUCCUUUUAAAAUCCCUCCAACUGGCAGCCGAGGGGUGUCUACAACUCUGUCUCCUAGCAAUCGUGCACCCCCCCAUCGGGGCAAACAUGAUGAUAGAAUGUUGAACCCAGAUCUAUUUGCACUUUGAGAGGAACGCUAUUGUUUUACAGAUUUUAAAAAGAAUCGGAGUAUUUUCUGGAAGCUUUUAUUUUGGUGAUACGUGACAGAUAUCUAUAUUGAAUAAGUUUGUUUUGAGUAUCUGAUGCAGAACGAGGAGUUCUAGCUGAUUGUUGGCGUUUAGCCGGCGAACACCAGCAACAAGCUGCCCCAGGCUACAGGCUACCUCACUUCCCGUCCACAUUUUAAAAUUUAACAUCUCAGCUUUUUAUGCAAACCUUGGCGGCUGUGAGCAGGAGAGGACUGUGGGAAAUGCUCCUUACAUUCCCUUCCUCCUCAUGUUGCAGCUUUAAAGGCUUCUCAGCAGCAACAACAGAUUUCUAGAAAACCAAACCAGAAUCAGUAUUAUGAGUGCUGAGAGGCCUCGGAGCCGGUGUCUGGCUGGCUAACAUCAACGAGCAGCAAGAGGUGUGGCUUUUAUUGUGGCGGGUUUGCUGCGAUGCAGUGAUGCUAAAGCUAGCGGGCCUCUGUGUGGCUCCGAAUACCAAGAAAGGGAAUUUUUCAUUAUUAUAAUGUUCAGAGUUUUAACUUUAGAUGGUUUUUAGGUUUUUGAUUUUAUUUUGAAAAUCAGUGUUGUCCCCUUCAGACCUCCAACUGCUCCGAACAUCCCAAUGAGCUGCAGUUUAAAUCAACUCAGUCACACGACUACAUCUCCCAGCAGCCCGUGGGUCUUCCACUCAGGGCCAAUCAGAUUACACUUGAGGAGAAACAGUCUGAAACUUUCAGCCAAUCAGAGCUUUAGCUAAUAAAGCAACAAAUUUACUUUGAAAUCAGAAUAAAUCAACAAAAACGAGUCUGGAACGUUGACAUUCCAACAUCUGAAAGGUCAGCCGAAUAAUAAGAUGCUGAAAGUAAAAACCUGAAAAUUAUUCAGGAGGAUUUUAAAGAUCCGAAUAUUAAAGAUAAUUUUAUUCGAAACACAAAGUCAGAUUCAGACGGUUCUUGUGCAAAAUGUUUGAUAAACUAAUUACUAACCUUCAUUAGCUGAAUGUGUUUGAUAAACGGAACUAGUUUCAUUAAACUAAACUUCAGGAAUAUUUUUGCUCAUAAAAACUCUGAUUCAGUUGAUUUUCAAUAUUUUGAUGUGUUUUUGGAGUCUAGGAGAGUCGGGGGGGAAUAAUAAAUAAUGUUUUAAUAAAACAGCAAUAAUUAAGUAUUAGUCAGCUGAUGUUCCACGUCCUUCUGGCUGCGAUGAUGAGACCAAACCACCAGAGGUCUGUAAAGGCUAAAUAAAUGUGUGAAAACGAAAAAUCAUCCAAUCAGAAACGGAAAAUAAAAAUAGAAGCUAAAAUAACUUCUUGAUAAUCAUUUUAGUGCAUCUGACUCACUUUGGCUUGACUAGAGGCUGAAACUGAAGCUAGCCUCGCGGUGGCUAACAGCAAAAUGCUAAAGUCAAAUUGACUCUUGGAUCAGAAUCCCGCUCAAACUCUGGAGAGGACCACUCAUCUGUUUUUGUCAGAUUUUAGCAUUUCCAGCUGAUCUUCUGCCACCUAGUGGCCAAAAUGACCCACAACUUUAAUUCCGACGCCAUCAGAGCUAAAAAAAAAACGAGUAACUAACAAAGUUUUCUGAUGAUCUGUAGGAAGAAUCGGAUUAGGAAGAAUUAACGUUUUAAUCCCGACUCUCCGCUUCCAUCCAUUUAUUUCCUGUCCGGCCUCGGCGUGGAUCCAGAACCUACAGACUGGUCUGUUCAGGCAGCUUUGUGUUUUCAGUCCAAAUGGAGUCGCGUCAUCGCCUCAUUCGUCCAGCGACUAGCUGGACCUCGCCGUCUUCCGUCAGAACUUUAGACGAGCUAGUAGCUUCUAGAAAACAUGUAGCUGUUAGUGAUGAACGCCGGGGCUCCACGUUGACCAGCCAGCAGCCAAAACUCCAGCGUUGACCCUGAGCCUCGGCGGUCUGCAUUGACCUGUUGACCCCUGGGGGUCUCCAUGCUGUGUGUCUCUGUGAUCACUCACUACUAAAGGCAAUAAAACUCAACUCAAACAGCU